AUGAGAUUUAACGUCCCAAUAAUUCUCUACGCCUUUGCAGGCCUAGCCACGGCCAAUCCGCUCGACUGGCUGGGGAUUGCCUCCUGGGAAGUUGAAGGCUUUGCCAAAGACAACCCACUCGGCAAGACCACCGGUGGAAAAGGCGGACCAACUGUAACAGUCUCAAGCGUCCUUGAGCUUCAGACUGCCGUGGCUGGUACCGAUCGCAAAAUCGUGGUCCUCAAGGGCGAAUUCGUCUUGCCGGCACGCCUCAACGUCGGCUCGAACAAGAGCUUGGUUGGCUUCAAAAACACAGCACACAUCACCGGCAAGGGCCUCAACGUCUACAACGCAACCAAUGUCAUCCUGCAGAAUCUCAAGAUCAGCCACAUCUUGGACAACGACUGCAUUACGAUCCGCAACUCUACUAGGGUCUGGGUCGAUCAUAACGAAUUCACCUCAGACAUUACCAAAGGCCCGGACUUCUACGACGGCCAGGUUGAUAUCAUCCGUGCCUCGGACUGGAUUACCGUCUCCUGGAAUUACUUCCACGACCACUGGAAGUCAUCCCUCAUUGGCAAUGAUGCCACGUUCCGCGACCUCGACUUUGGCCACCUUCACGUCACGUACCACCACAACUACUGGAAGAACGAAGGCACUCGCGGACCCGCAGGCCGCUUCGGUCACCAGCACAUCUAUAGUAAUCUUUACGAGGACUUCCUCUACCAGGCCAUCCACUCUCGCUCCGACAACCAGGUUUUAGUGGAGGGUAAUGUCUUCCGUGGCAAUACCCGUGAAGCACUCAGCACAUAUGGUCUCGUCAUCCCUGAUGAUUCACCAAAUACUUGCGUCUGCGGCGACGAGGAAUUGGAUGGAUUUGCCAACCUUGGUGCUCCCAACGAUUGGGGCAAGGCCGGUGUCAAUAUUACCCGGAAGGGUGACUUCUACAAGGCACCGUACAAGUUCAAGCUCACUCCUCUGCCUUUGGUGGCGCCUAUCGUCAAACUCGGGGCAGGAAUUGGUCGGAUUUGA